AUAGGUGAAGAAUAUAAUUCCAUUUGAUUUCCAUGUCAGAUUUUUAGGUUUUUGGCGAAAUGAACCCAUCGUAAAGACAUUUGAAUCGGCUUUCAGUAACGGCAAAAUGUAAAGUACGUCAUUAAUAUGGCGCCAAAAGAGUUUAAAGUAGGAGCUUAUUUUUGUUGUGAGGUUGCAGAACCCUCGCACAAGAGGGAGAACAUGAGCGGGCAAGAGGGGAAGCGAAUGGGCAGGCGACUGGGUUUUUCCGGCAGAACGUCUCGAAACUAGCUUGCAACAUUUCAUUCCAUGAAAAUGAAGCACAUAUAUAUAUUUUUUCUUCUCCCCUACUGGAUCUGAAAACACACUCACGUGACAAAUCGGGACCUGGGGGAUAUAUCACAUUGGACUAUUUUCAAAUGCGACAUGGCUUUGAAAAUGAGAUUUGUUAGCUUACCUUGCUAUACCCGGCAUAGCUUUAGCUUACAUUAGAACUGACUUGCUGGCUGCAGCUCGAGGCUAUCUUGCAAGCCGUUAGACAAUUUGGAUUUACGGAUGAUACUCCUAAAGUCUGCUAAAGGUAGCUAACAGUUAGCUACAUUUAACUGUAUUUAGCUGAUAACUGCGAAGGCGGCCAUCGCAGUUUUGUGUAAUAAUGUUAUGCUGCCGGAUAUACUUUAUAAUGGAUUAAAUUUGUAAAUUGCUACUUUUUAUUUGGACUCUCUUGGGAGAGCAUCUGAUCGACGUGCUGUCACCACAGCCUCGCAGGCACGUCCUGUCACCAACGUGGAUAGUCGGUGGGCUAACGUUAACUAGCUAACUAGCUAGGGUAGUUGCACUGGAAUUUGACCACCGUGAAAUUCACUGUCACUACAUGUGGUUAACUUCAAAUGAUUUCGUGAUUUCUCAUCGUCCAGAGUCGAGGACGUUUUCGCCAUCGGAAGCUGACUGCAAUCAAGGUAAAAAGAUGGAGAGUGAAAAGAAGAGAAGAAAAUACUCCACCAGCAGCAAUGACUCGGACACCACUGACAGUCAAGUGACCUCCUGGUCCAGGUCCUCCAAGAACACCGGGACCAGCAGCACCUGGGUCAGACAGGAGCACAAGAAACCGUCUGAGGUGUUCCGGACGGACUUCAUCACGGCCAUGAAGCUGCCAGACUCGGCCCAGCUGGGCCCUGAUGACUUCUACGUGCUGUCUGACCCCUGGAGACAGGAGUGGGAGAAGGGGGUCCAGGUCCCCGCCAGCGUAGACGCCAUCCCAGAACCUGUCGUCAGGAUGCUACCGGAGGUGGGGCGUAUCCCGUUCUACUGGCCUGUGCAGGGCCAAGGCCGGGGGUGUGUGCUGGGCCUGGGGCUGAGCCAGAGGGACAUGAAGACCACCGAUGAGCCCCACAGUCGCUAUGACCUGGAUGACAUGGACGUGUCCUGGCUGGAGCUGGUCAACCAGGAGUUCAGGGAACUGGCGCUGCCGGAGCUGGACGAGCUGACCAUGGAGCGUGUUCUGGUGGAGCUGGAGAGCCAGUGUGAGGAGAACAUGCAGCAGGCCAUAGAGACGGAGGAGGGUCUGGGCAUCGAGUACGAUGAGGACGUGGUGUGCGACGUGUGCCGGUCCCCCGAGGGAGAAGACGGCAACGAGAUGGUCUUCUGUGACAAGUGCAACAUCUGCGUACAUCAGGCGUGUUAUGGGAUCCUGAAGGUCCCACAGGGGAACUGGCUGUGCCGAACCUGCGCCCUGGGGGUGCAACCCAAAUGUCUGCUGUGCCCCAAGAGAGGCGGAGCCCUGAAGCCCACCCGCAGUGGAACCAAGUGGGUCCACGUCAGCUGUGCCUUAUGGAUCCCCGAGGUGAGUAUAGGCUGCCCGGAGAAGAUGGAGCCCAUUACCAAGGUGUCCCACAUCCCCUCCAGCCGCUGGGCCCUGUUCUGCAGCCUGUGUCGAGAACACACAGGCACCUGCAUACAGUGCUCCAUGCCGUCCUGCAUUGUGGCCUUCCAUGUGACCUGCGCCUUUGACCAUGGCCUUGAGAUGCGCACCAUCCUGGCAGAGAACGAUGAAGUGCGCUUCAAAUCCUACUGCCUGGAGCACAGUAGCACUACCGCCCCCGGCAACAGUAACAACGCCAUGGCCGGCAACAGUAACCACACCAACAGCGCUGGUGCCAGCAGCAAACCAGACUGGGCUGGACACGGCAACGACCACAGAGCCUCCAUAACUGCGCCGGACCACCACCAAGCGACCAGCGAGCGGCCGCCGGCAGAGCGGCCAGACCGGGACCAGAUAGAGCGGGAGAAGGCUAGCCAGCGCAAACAGAAGCUACAGGAGCUGGAGGACGAGUUCUACCGCCUGGUGGACCCCAAAGAUGUGGCGGAGAGCCUGGGCCUGCCGGACGCCCACGUGGAUUUUCUGUACCAGUUCUGGAAGCUGAGGAGGAAGUCCAACUUCAACCGUCCUCUGGUGACGUUGAAGAGAGACGAGGUCGAUAACCUGGCGCAGCAGGAGCAGGACGUGCUAUACCGACGCCUCAAACUGUUCACACACCUACGCCAGGACCUAGAGAGGGUGAGGAACCUGUGCUACAUGGUCACGCGGCGGGAGAAGAUGAAGAGUUCCCUGUGUGACCUCCAGGAGAAGAUUUUCCACCUGCAGAUCCAGCUGCUGGAGGAGGACCUAGCUGGAGAGAAAACCAUGAAGGGCCAUAAGGGAAGACAGAACGGGGUGAAGGAGAAGGGGAAGGAGCGGCGGAAAAGCAGUCCGGAGAAGAAGAGAGAGAGGUGGAAGUCUGACAACGGCUCCCUCCUCAAACAGCUAGGUUUCCCCAAGACCUUCCCUCUGGACAACUCACUGUUUGACAGCUGGCUGGCCCAGUCGGUGCAGAUCACGGCUGACGACAUGCUGAGCCAGUGGGCCCUGGACGCCGGGCAGCACCGUGACAAGACGGCCAGCUUGCUGUCUGACCAGCUGCUGCAGGGAGAGGAGAGCCUGCUCAGCCUUAUGAUGGACCACUCCAUGAAGUCCACCUGGAAAACCCCUCAGCUGGGCCGCAAGACCCGGGGCAAGCCCAGAGCCCGGGCCCAACACUCCCCCGCCGCAGCAACCACCCCGCCUUCUGCCACUGCUGUCAGUCCCGCUGCUGCUGCCACCGCCUCCUCCACAGCCACAGCCAAGGGGACUCUGCUGGCAGAUGACAGGCCAGGCCACGGGGCCCGUAGAGGGGAGAGGUCCCGGGGCUCCAAGGCCCUCCACCACCACCACCACCACCCCCAGACCAGGAGCACUGAGGCACCACUGGACCCGCCGCCGCAGCCGCCCACCUCCAAAAUGGACUCCUGUCACAUCUCGGAGGAGCGCGGCCCCUGGGACAGCCUCACUGGUACAGGGGCAGCGUCCGCCACCACGCCGCCCCCUCUGGCCUCCUGCUCCCCCCCACAGCCCUGCAUUAGUCCCGGGACAGUGCCUGAGGGGAGGUCAGGGGGGGGUCUCGGUCACCGCACAGCCCUGCGCCUCCGCCUGCCCCGGCAGGGUAAGUCCCGGGGAAAGGGCGGGGGUGGAGGGGGGAAGGAGGUGGCAGAGCGUCCCCUGGAUAGGGAGAGAGAGAGGGACCCCCACCCAGUGAAGGAGACGUCGUCGCUGCUGGACCCCGAGACGGAUGGCUACUUCUCUGACGCCGAGCAGAGCGACUCGGACACGCACUCCAGCGGCCGCAAGCUCCGCCUGGCCCAGUUGCAUUCUGGGAGCGAGGACCUGCUGAGGAGGAGCGUGCUAGCGUUGUAGAAAAAAAACUGAGAUGCUCUCUCUCUCACACACACACACACACACACACACACACACACACACCAUCGUCCAGAAGACACACUGAUUUCUCAGACUGACCGGAGCUCCAUCCCAGCUCCCGCUACCAUGGCUACUGUCUGUCUGUCUGUCCGUCUGUGCUUUUGAUAUUAUACAUGCCGUUCUUUUCUCUCUAGAUCGCUUUAAUGAACCAAAUCUCUGUACUUCACUAGUCCUAAAUCAGUCUCUCUGCUCUGUUCUGGGGAUUUGAACGUAGCUGUUAGUCAGAUAGCUACAUACACGAGACCCUAGAUGUUAGUAGUGCUUGUUAAAGUAACAAAUGCUGUAUGAUGACGUAAGAAGACCAAGAGGAAAUGGAUUUUGGACAAUGUUACAUUUUGAGGUUUUAUUUUGAAGUAUAGCAUGGCGGUGAUCCAUGCCAUCAACCCUUCCUAGUGGUGUGGUCAGUGGUGACUAAGCCGCUAGCAUUGGGGUGAAUACUUUGUGGGCAUUAUAAGCUGGUUCAGACGAAUCUCUUCCUUUCUCUUGACGUAAGAUGGAUCCCGCGAGGCGAUUCCUGGGAUCUGAUGUUUUUAAAAAGCCUUUCAGUUCAGCAUCAUUCUGAGAAAUGUACAGAAAAUAUCAAACAAAUAUUAGCCUUUUAAAAGCACAAAUAGCUAACGGGAACUGUAACACAAACAUUGUGGCAUAAACACGCACACUCUUUCAGACAUGCACACCAGACACAUUACACACACACACAUACUCACACAUACUCUAAACGACUCUGUCUGCAUCCAGCCGUUGUAGAAACACACUGGUUGAUAAUUACGUCAGCUCUUCACUGACUCCUCCCUCAUCUUCCGUUUGGGCCUGAAUCAUUGGAGAAACAGUAUUUUAUCGUGUGCCUUCUGUCGCUCCCCCAAAAUAAGUUUAUCAAUCACUUCUAUAAUCAGAUUUGUUACAAUCAAAAAAGGAACAUCUGUUGUAUUGGCCAUCAAGCGUACUGAAACAGAGGGCUUCUCGGACCUUAAUUGUAGUGCCUAAAAAAGAUAUGUAAAUGCAGCUUUUGCCAUUUAAUCAACCCAACCGCAUGCAAAGCCACACAGUUCUACCAUAUUUGUGCAAAGUGCUGCCCCAACAAAGCAACUUCUGGAGUCGUUGUUGCUCCAGUCAGACGAAUCGUAUAGUCAGCUACAGCACAGAGUUCUGGAUUCUGACUACUUUUUUGAGUUCUUUGUAAAUUUAUGGUUUUUUUUUCUUUUUUUUUUUCGUCUCAGAGAGUUGUAUUUUGUACUAAAAAGCGGUCCACAGUAUUUUCUCAGGGUUUAAAAAAAAAAAAAAAAAAAAUCAAAUAAAAAAAAUGUUUUGAAGGCGACGAA